AUGCUGGGUGAGGAGUAUAGUGUGUGCAGCGCAAGUAGCAUGUCACCAACAGAGUUGUCCAUCAAAAACCAGAAAAUAGUGUUGAAGAAGUUCAUGAUAGAGCAUGUGACAAAGGGGAUCAUGCAACGGUACGCAAGCGUACUGGUGACUAUAAGUAGCGAUAGUACGAAGAUUACUGGUUUAAAUUAUUUGAAAACAGCCAAGUUUUUGAAAAUAAUUCUGCAUAGAGCCAAAUCAUCGCAUUUGCAGUUUAAAAAAGUUUGUUGCAUUGUAAUAAAAUUUCUGGAUUGCUGUUUGAAAGAGACAAAUUAUAUGAGGUUUCUGAAGUACAGUUUACACAAACUUUUCGUUGCAGCCUUUAUAUUAAGUGUGCCAAAUGUCGUGGGCGAUGACGGUGACAGGAUAACUACAAGGGAUGAGAUAUACCAUUCUUAUUCCAAGAUAACAGGAUUAUCAUUGGAAGAGGUGAUAAACUGUUGUUCUAUUGUGAGACCCGUCCUUAUUCGGCGGAGUAGGCAACAACGCAAGCACAUGAUACCUCGCCGUGAUCGGAAUUCCUACUUUCCCAGAAGUACCUUUAUGAGGUCUCAUUCAUCAACGUCUUCUUUUCUCUCUACAGAUGGGACCGCUAACAACCCACUUGUACAUACACAUGCAUACUCACUUCAUAGUCCUUCCGAUGGGGAAGAUCGCGAUCGGCGGAGGGAACAUGGAGAGGUAAAUAGCAUGGAGGCGGAUGUCGGUACGUAUCAGCAUACCACGUUUAUAUCGGCCACACCAAACGUUUUACAUUCCAGAUCAUUGAUGGAGUGUGGAAUUGAACCCACACAGACAGUAGACUCUACUGAAUCGUCAAGUCAAAGUAACGGAUAUGUUUUGCAAACCGAAUUACAGGAGUUCAACAGCAUUGGUAGAAAGUUAGUUCAAGACUCUUUUAGAAUAGUCUAA